AUGGUGGUGCAGUAGGAGGCAUAGAUGCAUGGUGAAUAACCAAGGAGAAGAUUCACUUCAUCUAUGGUUGAUGUUCAACAUUGCCACAGCUGUGAAAAUAUCAGCCAAGGUAUUCAGAGCUUUGGCCCCUAUUAUUCUGGCAGCUGUCUACCAACCACCCUGUCGUCAGAUACGAGGACAAAUCUCCACCCAUGGGUAUGGGUGGCGGUUGGGCAUGACCUGUUGAGUCGUUUGUGUCAAAAGGGAUUCUACGAACACUUAACAGCUUUGAUGUCCAAUAUUUGCAGGGCAUUCCCUUUGUCAUUAAUGUCGCUGGAAACAAGUUGAUGAUUUGUGUGUUUAGCCGUAUCAAUCUGGAUGUCAAGUUUAUGGCUGCAAAGCUUCUUAGCAUGUAAUCAGGCUCCUAUUUACGCAUGACGAUUGUCUUGUGGACAACAUGCCUUGGUCCAGAAUUUAGAACCCAAGACCGAGUGGCUGGAUCAGGGAUUUUGAGCAAGAAAGAGUUAUCAUCUAAGCUGGUGACUGAAACAGGGCUUCUUCCCUCCCAAACCUUGUUGGCCAUGCUCAAGAUUCUGCCAUAACCAAGAGGAGCAUCUUCUGUAAAAGUUACCGAUCACAAUCUUCCCACAUCUUUAUCCCCUCACAAACUGCACGAGGCAGCUUACCCUAAGCUUUACAUUCUCAAGAACAGAGGGUGGCGUGUAAGAGCCUUCAAAGAACUCUUCGCAACAGUGGCCCAAGCUAUAGGCAGCACCAAUCAUUCACUUGAAGAAUUCAAGUUUCCAGUUCAGUUAUUAAGUUGUAAAAUUCCCUCUGUAGGAAGCAAAUAUCCUCCUUACAAACUCAAAUUUACCUUUUCCUCUUUGUUUUUAAUUAAAUCUCAUCAUCUUCAUCUCCUUUUCUGAAGUGGAGGGUGGAUGGGCUGGAGGUUUAUCCUUCCCUGCCUCGGUAAUCUAAUCUUAUUUGCUACUGCGUGCAAAUGAUUGAUAGAAGUUGAGAUGAGCAUUAAAGAAGUGAACAUUUG